CCCCGUUUUAGAUUGAACUCGAACCUUUUUUUUGCGGUAUUUAAAAGAUGUCAACUUUUCUUUUUCUUUUCCUUUUCUUUCAUUUUCCCUUCUCCUUUUUUUAUAUUCUAUAUUACUUUCUUGGUAUGAUCCGUCCUACCAAACGUUCAGUCAUUGGAUUUUUAUUGACUGCAACAUGUAUUUCAGCCAUUGUUAGUAUACGUUAUUCUAUUCAAUGGGUGUUCACCUCUUCAGCCACACCUACUCCUGUAGAUCCUUCACCAUCAACUACAACCUCUAUAACACCAACUCCAACAGAAACUUCAUCAAUACGAUAUCAACAAGAUUAUACCACAAUGACUGUCUAUCUUAUUGGCCUAUGUGUUAUUUAUUGUCUCCUCUUCAUCAACACUCGGUAUCGACCAUUCUCAAGACUUCAGACCCAUCAUGACAUGGAAUCUCAGCAAGGGGUGCUUUUUCGGCAAAAGCGACGGUAUAGUUCCAUGUACCUGAUCUGGCGACGAUGGUGGCUAUAUGAAAUCCGGUGUUUCGACUUGACUUUGGUAGUAGGACGAUAUGUGAUUGUGUUGGUCAUGAUCGCCUUCCAUAUCGUGAUGGUUGUCUGGCCCAUCUAUUCUUCGGACGAUCCUUCUACACAAUAUCAACAGAUCAGUAAUGGCACAGCUCAACUUGCUCUGGUGGAUUUUACUUUGGCCAUUGCCCUGUCGGUACGGACAUCGGUUGUUUGGCGAGCGAUUGGUUUAUUCAAUGGACCUGCGACUUUACCUUGGCAUCGAUGGUUUGCUCGUUGCGGUGUGGUAUGUAUAGCUUAUCAUGGAACCUUCCAAUGGACCAAACAUUACUAUCGGCAUUAUUGGAUUCAGUCUAUAGACAAUAAUAAUAAUAAUAUCACGUUGGCUGAUCUCUUGGUAUGGAGUCCUCAAUAUGUCAGCGGGCUUCUGAUGGCGUUUUGUCUCGUCAUUCUUUUCUUGGGUUCCCAUCCAUUGGUUCGUACAAAAUGGUACCGAGUCUUCCGAUUAUCUCAUGUUUCAGCAUUCAUCGGCUUGGUCUUGUUAGGUGGAUGGCAUCAUUGGGCAUUUGCGGUAUUCUAUGCGGCUGUGGUCUUUUUUUGGUUGAUGGAUGUAGUGUAUCGCUGGCGAACCACUUGUCUGUCUACUGUCUUAUCAUUAGAACCUGUUGUUGAUGGUGUCGUCAAAUUACAAGUCUCCGUCCUUCCUCCUAAUAAUAAUCGUUCAUCAUGGCAACAACGAAAAUUACUUUUACCUGGACAAUAUGUUUUUUGUUCUUUUUAUGGUUCCAUAUGGAAAGAUCUUUUAUGGCCUCAUCCGUUUUCUAUUAGUCGUGUGGAUUAUUUAGAAGACAAGAUGAUCAAUCAUGCUGAAGUAUUCACUUUUUAUAUCAAAUCCAAUGGAAAACAAACAACUCAAUUAUACGAUGCAGCAAGAAAUCAAACAAAAUGGCCUUCAGUACGGAUCAGUACUCCUUUAGGUGAUCCAUUAUAUUAUAGUGAUGAAAGAGAUAUAUAUGAAGGUUAUCCAGUGGUGGUAUUAAUAGCUGAAGGGAUUGGAAUCACUCCAUGGAUAUCUGUAUUACAAGCACUGGCAACAGCGACAACAACCGACAACAACAACAAUAUGAUGACAAAACAUAUUUAUAUGAUAUGGACAGUACGGGAUGUUGAGAUGUUUAAUCAAUUGAAAAAGGAUAUGGAAGCUAUGAUGACAACCAUAGAAACAACGUUCAUCACAUCUGAUGAUAGAGGCAAAGAAUCCAUUCGACUUUAUCUACAUUGGGAUAUUUAUGUGACAAGACCAAAAACAACCAGGCAACAAGAUGAUAAUGAAGAUGAUGAAGGAUUCUCGUCUACAUUACCAUCAACAUCCACAUUACAACUUCAUCAUGGUCGACCUCAUUAUCCUACCGUUUUGGAUACCAUUCGAACUCAUCAUAUAGAUCAAGAUGUGGCUCUUGGGAUCUGUGCUCAUGAAGAUUCUAUUCAAAUCUGUGGAAAUCUUGCUCGAAGCUCCAAAUUCAGUCACGCAAAUGCCUUUUGGAAUAUCAAAUCAGAACGUUUCGAAUUUUAGUAAUAUUUAGAUAACCCCCCCCCCCA